GGAAAGCUAAACCACAUCCGCCUUUCAAUAGCGGGACAAAAAUGGAUAACAAACUAGGUUUGCACCCCAAAAUGCUAACCCUCGCAUCGGCGGUCUCACCGGCUGUGGGCACUUAUUAUCCUCGAUCGAUCGGUCGCAAACCUGAAACUGUCAGGUAAAAGUUGAGCCUUACCUUUGUAUGUUCAAAGUGGCGCGAAAAGAGCAACCGAUAAAGUCGAAACCACACGAUACAGUUGGAAGAGAAAAGAAGAGACGGAAAGAUUCUCCGCCACAAUGGGCAAUCUGGCCAAGGAAAUUAUGGCGCAGAGACAACUGAUGAAAACCGGGGGUGGGCCUUACGAUAUACUCCGUUGGCCAGAGAGAAUUUUCGAGGUCCCUUGCAAGAGUCUACGAGAGAACGUCGAUUUCGGAACAGUGCCACGGUUCGCACCUAGUUACAAAUCCACCACACCUGGUCCAGGCUACACUCUUCGAGUGCACAAUCCGUAUUACUACCUGGAGCAGAAAAGGUUGAAAGGUUUCUCUCAGGUAUCGUCGUUCGAGUUUGACGGUUUGGCUUGCAGAUUCCGAGAAACUAGGAAAAGCUGGUCUCUGCCGUGCAACAGGUAUAAUGUGAGGCAUCCAUCUUCACUGGAAAUUUUUCUCAAGAAGGUUACGGGCAAGAGAGGGCCCUACGAUCUUUUCACAGGGCCGAGAGAUGAGACCACUCUCAUAGGUGUAGCACGUAAGAAAUUACCGGACAGCGGAGACUGGCCGAGGAAAUUACCAAGUGAGAUGGAAAAACUUUUGAGCAAAUCCAAUUACUUCAAAGGGAAAUGGACGACCAAUCCUAGAUUCCCAAAAAAGCCAGUCAUAAGGAUGUUGUUACAAGACAUCAGCACAUGUUACCGGGACCCCAAUGAGCCGGGACCUGGUCAUUACAAUCCUCAAGAACCGCAAAAACCUACUACACGCAAGAGAUAUCCUUUCGAUAGUAACGUGGAGUUUGCACGUCCACUUCCGCCGAGUGACAUUCGUCCUGGACCAACUAGAUACAGGAUUAAAGAGGAUUCACCUAUAAAAGGACACGGAUGGACGUCAGUUUUCAAGAGUAAAGUACGAAGAACGAUCGACGUUUUUAUGCCGCCAUCACAUAAAAAUUUCUAAUUUUUGCGAGCAUUAUAAUUAAACAAAAAACAAAAUCCACCGUGUUACCCACCGGUAAAAUGUUUUAAAAGAAAUUCUACGUUUCGUAUGAAAUAUUUUAUACGUAUUUAUAUUUAUAUCGAGAUUUUA